AUGGCCUCGCUUGCCGUCCUGCCGCUACUUUUAUUCCACCGCGAAGAAUUUUUGAGCUUUGUGUCGAUUGGCCGCGUCGAAUACCGAGGAGCUUAUACAACCGCUUUCCUAACCCCGAUGGACGAAGCGUGUAUCGCUGCUGUCGGGACAGCGUUGUCUACCGUUGGCACAGUUUAUAUGCUGCUAGAAUCCGAUCGGAAAAAACGCGGGUUGCUCCCAUCCGAUUACACCUUGAGCAAGAGAUAUCAACUUUAUGCAAACGUGAAAGCAGCAAAGGUCUGCGCAACACUCGCUAUCUACGCAGCCGUGAUGAACGUGCUUUUCUGCAUAAUUUUCGUGCUGAAUCGAUACGCAUUUUCGUGGUAUUGGAAGAAUAUUCUUGGCGUUACGAUUGGACUGCAUAACGCGUUUUACACCUGGUCAAUGACGUUUAUGGGCUACCUGGCGAGUCCGAAAAUGAUGAGGAUUGCGCGAGACAUCGCCGGCAAGGAGAUCGAAAGGAUAUUGAGACUAAUCUGCCCACGAGCUUACCGUUACUUUGCUAGAAAAGUCGGCGAGGUCGGCGAACGCAAAGCGGCCCAACGUGUUGCUGUUGGCAUCAAUGGAAAAGAGCUCUACCUCGGCGCCAAACAGGAAGACUACUUUGCUCAGCUCGACGCCCAAUGGGCUUUUCAGCCCAGGGCAAAGACCGCA